AUAGAUUCAGGGAAAUUGAAGCAAGAUUUUUUUAUGUUUUGCCUAGGUUAACAUUUAGGAGCUUACAUUAUCAAUACAUGAUGAAUGGAUUACGUGAUCACAGAUCACACUACAAUAGAUAAUUUUGAUAAACUUUUUGUCCUGCUAUGUCGAUACUCACCUGACUGGAAAAAAAAAGUUUUUCGCGCGUAUAUUUUAGGUACUUGUGUACAUAUAUGUUUUAUUAUUAUUGACUGGCGUCACACCUGCGUAGCUUAGUUACCCGUUGCAUCAGCUCACACGGGAUUUAGUCAUUAAUUACAUCAUUAAUAUUACCUACCAACUACAUUUUCUUUCUCCCAAACUGCUUUAUCGACAGAUUUAUAAAUAUGAUAUCCCACUAAUAACAUAAAUGUAAAAGAUGAGAGCCAACACAUGUGCACCGUGCACUCACUAUUUCUUCACUCUCGCAGCCCGAUGGGACGACAAUCCGACACGACCGGAGAGAGAUGAGGCGCAGGCCCGACAACUACGUGCUCUCCAACUUCCAGACUCUGCUGUGAAAGUUUAUUUCACUCAGAAAGCGAUUUCGGGAUUCGAACCUAAGAUAUCGUGCUAUGUAUGUAGAUAGCACUAGACCAACGAGACAUAAUAGGACUGGAAUACACUGACGGGUUUCUGUGGCACUUCUUACCUCACAAUGAAUUAUCAUCCACAGUAAUAAUUAACAAAAGCUUUGGACAUUUCAAGGAAACAUACAUACGCUGGGAUUUUGCGAACUAUGUAAUAGUAUUACGGAUACUUAUACAUUUUCCCUUUGAUUAAAUUAAUUAUUGAGGAAACAUUAAUUCAUUCAUUCACUACAUUAAAAAGGGACACUUGAUGACGUAAGGAAUCACAUAAUUUAUAAGCAUGGGGUUUUUAGGCGCCAAUCAUUCGGUGUUGAAGUUUCAGGGACAGUAGACGCUUCUGCUGAGGGCCUUAUUCUAACCGUACAAGAUGUGUUUUUAUCCUAUAUUAUUUGGAAGGAAGUUUCGUGAACCUAAAAGAGUAUUAAUUACUGGUUUCGGGCCUUACCAACAUGUUCCACAUAAUCGUAGUUGGGAAGGCGUGUCGUCCAUGGACAAGAACUACAUUGAGACAAAGAAUCAAAUAAUACUGUUGAAGGAGGAAAUAGCAGUACGGUAUCUUGAUGUGGAUUUGGUAGUCCCGGCGCUGUGGCGAGCCUUCCUACCCGAUUUGACGAUCCACGUUGGCGUGGCUAACACUAAAACCUUUCGUUUAGAAACAAACGCUCGCAACACUGGUUACGAGAUAGCAGAUACUGAACAGAAAAUGCCCCGAUCCAAGGAGAUCGUGCCCGGAGGCCGUGCGAAGAUAACCACAUCUCUUGACGUGGAGUUAAUCUGCGAGGAAUUUAAUAAGAAACCACCUGCACCAGGACUGAAGGCAUCUGUUUCCCAUGAUGCUGAAUCGUAUCUCUGUGAGUACAUCUACUACACAUCGCUGUGUCGGGGCCCGGCUCUAUUCGUUCACGUUCCACCAGAAAUGUACUCGCGAGAUGAAGUAGCUCAAGGCAUUCAACGUAUCUUAGAAUUGUGUCUUAAACAUAUAUAAGUAAAGAAUAACUGAAAAAGAGCCCUGUGAAAUAUGAAAACUCAGUCACAGCUUAAUUGUCUAGUCAGAACCGCCAAAAAACAUGGAUUCAUAAGAAUUUGCGAUAUUAUCUUCUUCGUCUUGCUACGUGUAGAUAUUUAUAGCACCUACUAUGAAGCAACAAUAUCUGUUUGUAUAUUCGUCACGAGCGAAUUGAAAUGUUAUACUCACUGUACUGUUUUCAAAAAUUCUGACCAUAAGAAUGCUACUUUAUCCCUUUAUUUUAUCCGAUUACGGGAAGAAGUAUUAUUGGGAAGCGUGAAACCGCGAGUUUGUUCAUCAUAUUUUUGCUUUAUUAAUUUUCCAUUCACAUGUUUAUUGUAUUGUAAUUUGUAUAGUUUGUAGAAGCUUUUACCUAAGAUUUAUAUUGAAUAGUUUGCCAAAUAUUUAAAUUCUUAUAACUUAUUUAGGUACCUAAGUAUAAGAAGGAUCUAGGAUCCUUAUAUUAUUGCUCAAUUUAGUCAUAACACAUAAGUUUUAUAACGAAUAACAAGAGUAUGUUUUGUUAUCAAUAAAUAAU